GUCUAUAAUAGUCAAUUGUGAAUACGAUACCUGCAAUGCUUAUACGGCUAUGUAUGUUGUAUAAAGACAAACUGUGUAGCCAUCAUCGCAAAAUGUACUUAACCUGCAUGAUACUGAUAACCAUGGUAUUAAACUUUGUUCCAGGUGUCCUUGCUCAAUCUCGAUCCGUGACAGUAGAUCCUGCUACAGCAAAAUUGGGUGAAGAUGCGUUGAUGACGUUUACAUUCACAUCUGCACAAGGUGAAGAUAUUAUAGUUGUGGUUUGGUUCAAAAGUGAUGCAGAUGGUGCAACACAGGGAGAUCACUUAUUAUCAAUAACCAACAGUAAAUACAGUGUAAAUAAUAACAAUGAACUUGUGAUAAGUAAUGUUGGAGUAAACGAUGCAGGUUACUAUCUGUGUAGAGUAAUUACAACUGGUGGUAAUAAUGCAGAAGGUUUCUCAACAUUAACAGUCCACUGUGAGUGAUGGCUACACAUUUUAAUGUUAUUUUGUAUUUUACUACAAUUAGUAGGGCUAACUCAAUAAUUCUAAAAUAGAUGGUUGCACACAUGCAUUAGGAGAAGCACUUGUGGCUGUGUCCUAGUAUGGUGAUGCAGGUGGUGUAGUACAAGGGUAUCCUAUAAUAACUAAUCCCUUGGAUUCAAUUUAUUGGAUCCACAGUGGCACUCAUCAUUAUGCAUGGUGCAUCCACGAAAUA